AUGGUGUUUGCUCCAGUUCAUGCCCAUUGCCUCUUGUUCUGGCACUGGGCACCACCGGCAAGAGCCUGGCUCUGUCUCCGUUGCACCCUGCCUUCAGGUGAGAAACCAGGUCCAGAGCAAGACGAAGUUAAGCUGCAGAAUGCCAGCAAGCAGAUUGUGCAGACCGCUAUCCUCCAAGCAGUGCAGCAAGUUUCCCAGGAAAGCCAACAAAAGGAGAGGCGAACAAACAGCAGUAUGAGCCUCCAGCUAGAAAGAGGGAAAUUAACCAAGAAGCAUGAAAAGAAGUAAAGAAGCAGCUUGUUUAUUUUGAUCCUUCAGUGUUUUCAGCCUUCUCUUUAGUAUCAGCUGUAUUGCUAGUGCAAUGUUACUGUUGUAAAACAAACCAAAGUAUAAUCAACACCUAGACAUAGAGUAAAGCUGCAAUAGUCCUCGGCUGAGAAAUAUUAAGUGCAUUAGAUGACUAACUCCAUAUUUAUGCAGUGCCUCUUAACAGAAACAAUAAUCUUAGAUAUAAAAGUAGUUUCAAGCACAAGCUGUUAUGGUAUGGACUUAUUUUUGAAAGCUUGUUGUCAGCGCACUUUCAUAUAAGUUCUGCACGCAGUGUUGCUGCCAGGUCAGCUGGCCAGACUCUUCUCUGAAUUACUGGGUUCACUGAAGCUGUCUUCACUGAAGAAAU